CUCUUAUUGAAAACCACAAAGUCGCAUUGUUUGUAAACAAAUGAACGGCAACGUGCUGGAUCGAUGUAGCUGCGGCAAUUAGUUAUUCUCAUGUUCCCAAGAUAGCAUUUAAAUGGGUAACGAGCAAGCGGUCGCCCAGCUGCCCGGACAGGCCCAACCCCGGGAUGUGGUCAACAACAUGAGGAAAGGGACGCCGUUCACUUAUGAGGAGGCGGAUCAGAUAUUACGACGGUACAACACAAUGGACAGUUCGCCCCAAGGCAAUACCGGCAUUCCCGUGGAGGAGUGUUGUCUGCUGCAGGAAUUUACCGGAUGCGUGUUUGCACCGGACCUUAUACGGUACUACCGGGAUAAGGAAACCAAGAGGAUACAUCCGCGACAGUUCAUGAAAAUAUGCACUAUGUUAUGCCCGCGGACACAGGCUACUAAAAAGAAGCACAUGCUAUUUGACCUGUUCGACGUUGACAGACAGAAGGUGCUCACACACGACGCUAUGUUCCGCGUCUACAAACUCCUGUUCGCGGGGGCGCUUUCGGACGAUCAGAUCCUCGCGCUAGUCUUCUCAGCAUUACGUCACCCAAAUCUCGCCCAUGAUGAUGAGAUCACAAGAGACGAGUUUGCUGACAUGAUCCCAGACAACGAGAUUCAGGAGCGAUUGUCAGUGGACUUCGCCUUUGACCCGGCCCUGAGGUUCGUCGGGGGUCAGGAGGAGGAGGACGAAGACGAUGGAGAGGAGGACAACUGAUUGUGUGUGGUUCUAGUUGUUUGUAAGUGACGCCGCUUGGUUCAUGUGCACUUCUUGCCAUUCAUGAACACGAGUGUCCGUGCGUUUCUACAGAUCUCGGAUUCGUAAGAUGCAUGGACAUUUUCAACAGUGUGGUGGUUUAGGUAAAUGUACAUGUACCUGAUAUCUUGCGUCGAUAUCUGAUAUUUUGUGUUGAUAUUUUAUAUCAUACGUAAGUAUAUAAUAUCUUGCGUUGAUAUCUGAUAUCUUACGUUCUUGUAUGAUAGCGUGCGUUUAAGCUUAUUUUUUACGUUGAUAUUUGAUAUCUUGCAGUGAUAUCUGUUAUCUAAGGUUGAUAUUUUAUAGUAUGCCUGAUAUAUCUGGCGUUGAUACAUUGGGUAAAUAUCCUAUAGCAUGCAUUGUAGCCGAUAUAUCUUGCGUUGACAUCUGAUAUAUUGCGUUAAUAUUUAAUGUCAGGAGGUGUAGGUGAUGUUUUGUUUUCAAUUUUAACAUUUCAUUGUUUCAUUUCAAGUUGCAAUCUUGAAACAACAUGCCAUUUAGUAAUAUGAUUCCACGAAUGUGUAUUACCAUACAACAGAGCUAACCAAGCUGUUACAACUUACAAUACUAUAUUUCAUUACGUAUUUAAUUAUAAGAUAUCAUAUGGAAUAAAAUUGGUGAACUAA